AGGGAGGAGACUCCAGAUGUGGGGUAGUACAAUGUGGCGCUGCGAGGUCCUCCUUCACUCACAGGACGCAUGAGAGCUGCUGAAAGACGGAGCUAAUUGAACCAAAGUUAGUGUAAAGUCAGUCUACCUCCCAGAGCGACCAUGAGAGUCCUCCUACUAAUCUGCAUGCCAGUUCUGCUGCUCGCCCAGGGCCAGUACCAGGAACCGUUUCCUUUUCUGGAGGACUAUGGGCUGGAUUAUUUCCCAGAGAAUCCAGACAAUGAAAAUACUGAUUCCCUUCCUGGAACCUACCAGCAGCAGGUUCAGCUGGAGCCAGUGGUCCGUCCAGAAAAAUCAAGGUCUGAUUUGGAGACGGAGCCCACAGAGCCUGGCCCUCUCGAUUGCAGAGAGGAGCAGUAUCCCUGCACCAGACUCUACUCAGUUCACAAGCCAUGCAAGCAAUGCCUCAACAGCCUGUGUUUCUACAGUUUGCGACGGGUGUACGUCAUCAACAAGGAGGUCUGCGUGAGGACUGUGUGUGCGCACGAGGAGCUGCUCAGAGCGGAUCUGUGUCGUGACCAGUUCUCUCGCUGUGGCGUGGCGGCCCUGAGCGGUCAGUGUGCAUCACUGGGAGGAAGCUGUGGGAAGAGCUGCGGUGGCUGCUGAUCAUCAGGGACACAACCUGCCCAGAUACUGCCGCUCCUCCACCUCCUCUUCCUCUUCACUUCACACUCCUCCUCCUUCCACCCUGUCGCCCCUCACUUUGCUUCCUGCCUCUCCCGUACUGCUCUGUACUCUUGUGCGAAAAGCACUCCUGCAGUUGCAUAUUCUUCUGUUGUUUAUCCUCAUUUUCUCACACGUGUGUCUGCCCACUAGAUCCUGUGUGUGCAGAUAAAUAUACUCCAAAGAACAUUGAUGAUUGUAUAAAUCACUGGUGCUAUAAAAACGUUUAGAGGUGCACAUAAAACUGCGGAACAACCUUUUACUAUUUUUUGUUUUUGCAUAUUGUACCGUAUUAAUCUCAUGCUUUUGUGUCUGUUGACAUGUUACUGUACUUGUGUCAUUGUCGUGACUCAUCAAUGCACUGUCAUUGUGCACUGGCAUCACACGAAACUAAUCAAGAUGCAGCCAUCAACUGUCUCACUGUGGAAGAUCAUGAGAUGUGUGAAGAAACAGGUGGUGAGUGACCUCAGUUUUCGCACUACUGCCACCUGGAUCUGUGCUAAGCAACUGAGCAGUGGCGACUAGUGCUUUGAAAAGGCAUCUCACAAAUGGCCUCUGUACUACUGCUUUGUAAAACUGUCACUAUAAAGACUGAGAACAAAAUAAACUUUUUUAUAUACUACA